UAAACUUGACAUUUUUUCCUCUUCAGUUCUUUCUGAGAAAUCUCAUCGAAGAGAAGGAAUCGGGUUCCAAGCUGAGAACAAGCGUACGGUCUCCGGACUGUGAUCGAUGGAGUACUAAUAAUUAUCUUUUGGAGCGGCUUCGAUAUAUGGUGUGGUACGUACUUGGCGUUUAAUUUCGUGUGUGCUCAAAGAUUACGAUUAUGGAUUAGGUUGGGAAGCGUAUAGUAAGUUGUACAAGAAUUUCAACAGCUGGAUCUAGCUAUAUGUUUGGUGAAAGUACUUGUUAAUAAGGAAAUUUAAGUUAUGGAAAAUGUACUGUCAUGUUGCUCAACUUGAUGGGAUAAUAUAAAAAGCUGAUCUUCAAUUUGAAGCUGCCGUGUCAUUAAAUGCAAGAGUAAUAACCACAUUAACCAGCAUAAUCUCGAUCGGGUGGACGUCUUGAAUGGAUCAGGCGAGCGGCUUUAGGCCUGAUCAAUCUCAUGUGCCACAGCAAAGCCGACGCGACAAGUUGAGAGUUCAACAACUGCAAUCUAAUCCCCACCAUUUACACCAUCACAACUUUCCCAACAAUUUGGACCAAUUCAGUCUCCACGGCCACCACCCUGCAGAUCAUAUUGUUCAUGCCCGCAACGCCAGGCACGCCAAUAAUUUCCUCUACGACGUCCCGUCCGGUAUAAUUCCCUCGGAGAUGCUCGAUUUCUCAUCGAGAAAUAGUGCAAGUCAUAACAAUGUUCUUGUUAGGAAUUCCGUAUCAGAUUGGAGAUCACCAAGCCAGCAGCUCAAUCCGCAAUACCAAAGCUUUGAUUGGUUUGCGAAUUUCGCAGAAGCAAACAAUUUGAUCAAUCCAACAUCUACUGGUCAUCAGAUUUCCGGGCAAGUAAUGAAUUUAGCUCCUCCUUACAAUAACAACGACAUUCUCGAAGAUCCAAGUAAUAUUGUGACGGUGGCUUCCACGGGACCAAGAAACCAACAGGACAUGAUGGAGAUGUCCAACGACGUCAGAGAUCAUCAAAACGAACUGGCCCUUCUUCCCUUGAGCUACGUCAACCAAUCGAAAACGACACCGCGUUUCGACAAUGUGCAAGAUCAUCAUCACGGGUUAAUUAGUACUACUCAUAGUAGUACUGUCGUGAGCGAUUCCAACAAUUUGCAAGGCUUGUCUCUCUCGCUCUCUUCCAUCAAUCCUCAGUUUCAGGGCUCAGAAGUAUUAGAAUUGCCAAAGCCAGCGAUACCGAAGCCGUCUAUAAUCAGCAAAGCGAAUUGUGCUGGGAAAUCUCUUCAGGACAUCGUCGGGGUUUCUUCCUGUGGAUACCGAAGCACCACAGGUCCCCUGGGGCCCUUCACCGGGUACGCCACGAUCUUGAAGAGCUCGAGAUUCUUGUGGCCCGCUCAGCAGCUGUUGGACGAUUUCUGCGGUUCGAAAGUACUGAUGAUGGUGAAGAGUACGAGUACAUGUGAUGUUGAUAAUAUUUCAGCUGAGAUGGUUUCUGGAGAAGUUAGUGGUUCGGCUAAUUCUGGAGAUCAUGAUCAUGGUGAUCACAUUAAUGUGAAUGAAAGCGAUCAGAUUGUGGCGAAAAAGGCGAGUAAUAAUAAUAAUAAUUCUUGUGGUUCUUCUUCUACAUUUUAUGGUUCAAAUGAGAUAAGUGGAGAUCACCAUGGAGGAGUUGGGAGCAGUGUGUCUUUUGGGUCAUCUAGGCCGGAACAAGCGCAACAGAAGAAGGCAAAGCUUCUAUACAUGCAAGAAGAGGUUAGCAGAAAGUACAAGCAAUACCGUCAGCAAAUGCAGAUGGUGGUAUCAUCUUUUCAAUCAGUGGCAGGCCUUAGCUCUGCCACGCCUUACAUCUUUAUGGCUCUCAAGACGGUUUCAAGACACUUCCGUUGUUUAAAAGGCGCGAUCGCCGACCAGCUAAAGCACACGAGGAAAGCGUUGGGAGAGGACUUGCCGUCCCCAAUGACCGGUAGCAGUAGCAAAUUAGGUCAUGAUCAUCAUGCCAUUAGCACAGUGAGGCUAAAGUACAUGGAACAAAGCUUCCAAAAGCAUAAAUCUGGUGGGGCUAACUUGGCCUUCCCUGAGCCCCAACAACACAUCUGGAGGCCCCAGAGAGGCCUACCCGAGCGCUCCGUCGCCAUACUUAGAGCUUGGCUGUUUGAGCACUUUCUUCACCCGUACCCUACAGACACAGACAAGCACAUGUUAGCCACUCAAACGGGUCUAACUCGAAACCAGGUAUCAAACUGGUUCAUAAAUGCGCGAGUGCGAGUUUGGAAGCCUAUGGUUGAAGAAAUACACACGCUUGAAAGCAAAGGCUUGGCAGAUCAAGUUGACAAAAGUACCGGCAAGCAUGAAUCAAUUCCUGCAAGCAAUGACCAGGCCUCAACUAAGCUUGGUACAAGUGUGGUGCCCAGCAAGCCAUUGGAAUGCCCUGGUGCAGAUUACUCCACGGGCAAUAGGGAUCAUAGGCUCGGUGCUGAUCAGCAGCAGCAGCAGAGUCAGGAAAAGCGGUUGAGGUUGGAGUGUCAAGGUCCCACAAGCAUGAGCGGGACACUGAUGGGCUUCAUUCCAUACCAUCGAAGCGGGCUUGAGGUUUGGGGCCACGGUCAUCAAUGACAUUGAUCAGUUUAUAGAAAAGUUGUUGUAAAAAUGUUGCAAACAAGAUCACCUUAGGCAACAUCUUUAGAUCAAGGUUAUAUUUGGUUCGUUUGUUCAAUGAAAUUGGAGGAUAAUUGAGCACACAACUUCCUUUGAUGACUUUGGAAUGAAAAUGAAAAGGGAGUAAACAUCUCCAUCUUAGGACACUAGAACUUCAUUUUCAAUGCCUAUUGCUAUACUAGUGAAUGCCUUGUCACA